AAAACGACAAUUAGAAGCCUGAACUUUGGAAAAUUCUAGUUGUAUAGUAAUUGUCUGAAACUCUUGUACUCGGUAUUGGCAAAUCCUCCAUUGACGUAACAACUAUUUUUUCAUCCUUUUCCAUUCUCGUAACAUUUUAUAUAAAAUGACUGAUAUAUCUGUAGAAAUCCAAAACAACAAAGACCACAAGGAGGAUGUCGAAAACGAUGAACAUGAAGAACACGAUCCGUAUUUUGAACCAAUUAUCCAUCUUCCAGAAGUUCAUAUUUAUUCAAUGGAAGAAGAUGAGGAAGAUCUUGUUAAACUGCGUGCUAAACUCUACAGAUAUGAUAACACAGAGGAACCUCAUCAGUGGAAAGAAAGAGGAACUGGAGAAAUUAAAAUCUUAUGCCAUCUGAAACAGAACACUGCAAGAGUUUUGAUGAGGAGAGAUCGAACAUGGAAAAUUUGUGCUAAUCACUAUAUAACUCCUGCAAUGGAAUUGAAACCUAACUGUGACAGUGACCGUGCAUGGAUCUGGAGUGUACCAGCAGAUUUUGCUGAUGAGGUUCCCAAACCUGAGCUUCUUGCUGUUCGUUUUUCAAAUGCCGAAAAUGCAAAACUAUUUAAGGAGGCAUUUGAGGAAGCUCAAAGAAUCUUGGAGCAAAACCAAAAUCUGACAGAAGAACAAGCAACAAGCGACGAGAGUGGCGAUGAAGUUGGAGAAAGCGAAAAAGACGAUGAGGAACAGGAUAGUGAAAACUCAGGAUCGAAAGUUGAACAGGAAGUUAUUGAAAAAUUGCGUGAAUUGGAAGUAGAUGGUGCAACUGGGAAAACGGGUUAGCUAAAAAUGACAGUGGUCACACUUAAGACACUUCAUCUUUAUUGGACGUUUGCUCUCAAGUCAUUCCUGAAAAGACAUUUUAAGCUCAUGGAUCGUUGAGAAACUACUCAGAGAAAUACACUUCAUAUGAAAGCCA